AAGUGGGAAUUCCCUUGUCAGCGUGCCGUGUUUCUGAAAGGAAGGGAUGCCAGCUGGAAGGGUCAAAGUCUUUAGAAUCGGACUGGAAGACGAGGUGAUGAACAUUUACUUGGUCAUUGUGUGAUAUAUUCGGGACUGCGACAGUGAAGCCUACUGAACCCAGUCUCGGAAUUUGAUGUCUUAUUCCUUGCCCGAGGUAACCUGUGGGAAGUUGCAAUGAAAGGCCUUUGGGUCAUGAUGGCAAGCCAAGGCAGCAAAAUUUCAACAUUCGUCUUCCUGGAUCUCGAGACUACAGGGCUCUUAAAUGCCAGAGAAAAGACCAGAGUCACUGAAUGCAGCCUAGUGGCUGUUCACAGAACUCAGCUUUUGGAGGCAUUCAGAAACAGAUUAUCUUCUCCAGCGCGUGUUCUGAACAAACUUACCCUGUGUUUCUAUCCCAUGAAACCAAUUCCGCACAACAUUUGGCAGUUAACAGGUCUUGACAAUGACAACUUGUACCAUCAGAUGAAUUUUACUGGUGCGACUACUGAAAUGUUUAAUGCAUUUCUGGCAAGACUAGACCCCCCUGUUUGUCUGUUUGCUCAUAAUGGAGAUGCUUUUGACUUCCCUCUUCUCAAAACAGAGAUAGAAAAUUCUGGCCACAGCCUAGCUCAGGGAAUACUGUGUGUAGAUACUUUAAAGAUGUUGAAGACAAUCUAUGGAAGAGGUGGAUAUGGGAGAGAAAUCACACUUACUCCAAAUCUGUCAGUUCAUGAAGCAAGAUGUGGGGUCAGUAAAGAGCAAGAUCUAAGACGAAUUCCAGACAAAGUUGAAGAUGACAGGGUGUCUAGGGCUCAAGAAAAAUCCAUCCAGGAACUGUCUGAGAAGACACCUGAAAGAAAUUUUCUGAGCAGCUUGAAGAGGAGGAGCUCCUUGCAAGAAACUCCAACCCAAAAAAUGGCAAAAUUGCUCAACAGUGCCUCAGGAAGUUCGGUGAAACGAGAACUAUUCCCGUCCAAGUCUGCUACAGAUAUCCCUGUUGUUGUAAAGGAUGAAUUAGACUGGGGAUCAGAUGUGGAGGAUGAAACCCUAGUUAUGGCACUGGACAGGUAUGAGGAGGUACCUGAGCUUUAUUUGGAUUCAACUGGUAACCAGGAAGAUGAAAACAAAAAUUUACAAAGUUCUGAAAGCAUUUUAACAGGGGAACCUGUUUCAGCUAUGGUAGAGCCUGGUGAAACUGACAGAGUGGGUUCUCAGACAUUGAAGGAGAAUAAAAACUCAGCCACAGGGCCAUCAACAAAUGAAGUAGAUGUUCUACACAAUCAGGUUCAGAAGAAUGGUGUUGACAUAAGCACCCCACCUAAAUCUUUUGGUCUUAGAGCUGUAUUUGAACACGUUUUUGGCCAUCCUCCAGUAAACACCCACAGGGCAGAAGGAGACUGCAUGUCACUCUUGAUGAUCUGCCAAAAGAUGGCUCCACUUGUCUGUGCAUUGGCAGAUGAAAAUGCAGUUCCUUUCAGCCGCUUCAGUGCAGUUUAUUCAUAUACAUGCAAGUAUAUUCUUAAACCUGGUGAAUUUCCUUAUGAACUGGAUAAGUUUUAAUGUCUUAUUUUGUUAACAGUUAUGACUGUAGGAGAAAGGCCUUUAUAUCUAUUUGCCCAGUUUGUGUCACAUAUUUGCUUGCUUAGGAUUUUGAAAAUAUAGAAAAAAACACAUUUUAAGUUUACUUAGUCGAUUUCAUUUAAAAGGAUAAAUAUAUAUAAAAAAUGUCAUCAUAUUCAUCAUCUUUCAUGCUCUAUUUUUUAGAUAUAUCUUAGACAUUUAUAUUUUACAAGGUCAUAUAUAGUUUGCAUCCUAUUUCGUCAGCUUUGAAAGAACAUUUAGUGAUACUGCACAUAUUUAGUUUAUGUUUGCAGUUGGUGCAAAUUGUCAUACAUGUAUAAGUAUGUGUAUAUUUACAUAUUUAGUGAUUUUACAGCUCAAGAAAUAUUUACAUGUACUAUAGUUUUAUAAAGGUAGAGAUAUGGGCACCACCACUUACGAUGAUAAACAGUGAAACAGAUUAGGGGUGGCAAUUAAUACUUAUUUUUUCCUUGCAGUUGAGUAUGCUUUUUUAUUACCAUGAUAGAAAAAAAAACAAAAGAUAUAUAAAGUACAUAUAGAUAAGAAAUAAUAAAUUGUGAAGAUAUAUUUAUUUAUAAUUAACAAAAAAAUGAAGUAUAGUUCAUAUGAUAUGCACCUAAUGUAACUGUUUUGAUUAUUUUUGUUACAUUUUGAAAAAUCAAUUUCAUAUGAGAAUUCUAUAUAUAUAUAUAUAUAUAUAUUCAUGUGUGGAUCGAAUAGAAAUGUAGAAAUAUCAACCUCCCAUCUCCCAUGCAAGCAGCAGCCACCAAAAGUUGGAAAUAUUUAGCACUGUGUCCCUGAUUUAAGUCAUACAUGUCAAUUUUUCUAUUUAAAAGAUUUAUCAGGUGUGUCAAGAGAUUUUUUCAGGGGCAGACAGAGGCCAUCUUUUGGGUGUUCUGGAAGACGGUCAGAAUUUUUCAAGAUUACAUUGACAACAUCUAAUUUUGCUGUUAGAAAAUGGUUUAAAAUGGAGGAUAGAUAAAAAAAGAUAAUUUGGCAGUCUGUUAGAAAAUAUAUCUGGAUCCAUGCUUGUUUUUUGGUAAAAUUAAGUUAAAACAAACCAAUCUAUAUGGUCGCUUAACGCACGUAAAGGUCUGUAUUUAACCCAAAUGUAUGCUUCACUUCUGAUCUUAUUGCUAAGUGUUUGUAAUUUUUUUUCAACUGUGAUAAACAAGACAAAUAUUGCAAGCUUUAAAGAAGGGAUUUUCAAACAAGGUGGUAAUUCAAGUUUGUUCUGCAUUGUAUUCAUUCAUAAACAGUAUUGAUUUUCAUUAUAUUUACAUCAUAAAUAUUAUAUCUACCCUUAUUAUGGUAUAUUUAUAAUAAAA